GCGGUUUAGUUAUACUUUUCACUCUUUGUGCAGUUAUAAUUGAUGAUCUGUUUUUGUCAGAUUUCUAUUUGCACCUACAUGCUAUUCACUAGUGCUAACUGAUCAUAACUUUUAUAUACUUUGCUCUUGAUCAUUCAAUUUGAGUUCAAGUUUGAGUCAUAAUUAAAGAAAUCUCUUGAAAUAUAAAAUGAGUUUAAGUUAUAACAAUUCUCACCGAGCAUGUAAAGCAACGGUUAUAAACGUUUUCGGCUCUUACUUAAAAUUGGUUAUGUAUUAAGUAUUCGUAUAUGCUUAAGUUCGCAAGUAGCUUGUUAAUAUGGAUGGUUUACUGCAACAGCCAAACGACUCGGGUCAAAUUACAGUGACUUGAAGCAAAAUUUGCCUACGUUGUUAUUAAAUGAAUGUAUCGGUUAAAAUUAUAAUAUGUAUUGGUUAAAAUUAUAAUUUUAACGAAGACUUGUUAAACCCAAUUGAUAUUUUAUGAAAAUUUUAAUUAAGCUAGUGUUUAAUAUUAAACUUGAAGCUUCUAAUAGAAAAUUUGUGUAAAUACUUUUUUCUACAAAUGAAUUAGUUAAAACUUAUUGCUUAUGUGAUAAUAACUUAGAAAGUUAUACACUUUUACUAAACCACAACAUAUUAUUUGCUGAAAGGAUAAAGUGAAAUAUAAUUGUAUUUUCACAAUAUAUGGAAAGUAGAGGGUUAGGUUUGAUAAUUGUUGAAACAAAUAUCACGGUGGUUUGUUUCUUUCCCGCCUGAAUGGGCAAAUGCCGGUGCCCUGUAGUAGUAGUACGGUGGUUAUGUCUCCACUGGUUGGCGACUAUAUUUAACCAGAUUGUGAUUCGCGUUACAACUAGUGGGAUCGUUCGUACGCAUAUUUUGAGUUGCGAGGGUUACAAGUAACAUGAUUAUGAUACUGAUUUGAAGUGUUGCAGCACGAGUUAUACAUGAAAUGUUCAGCCAAUGGAGGAUAGAAGAAAGUAAAGUAGCAAACAUGAGAUGGAACCUAAGCGGAGAACCGUGCAGCGGUGCUGCGGUGGACUCUACCACCUUCGAUAACGACUCUUACAAUCCUGGCAUCAAAUGUGAUUGUAAUUUCCCCAAUUCUAUUUGCCACAUCAUUCAACUAAGAGUUUAUUCAAUGGACGCGGUGGGCCCAAUCCCAGAAGGACUCUGGACUUUGGUUUACCUUACCAAUCUAGAUUUGCGCCAGAACCACUUGACUGGUCCCUUGUCACCUUCAGUUCGCAAUUUAACUCGGAUGCAGUGGCUGACUAUGGGCAUCAAUGCUUUAUCUAGGGAGCUUCCACCAGAGCUAGGACAGCUUUCAGACCUCAGAUUGCUGGGAAUUGGCACUAACAAUUUCAAUGGUUCCCUGCCAUCUGAACUUGGAAAUUUGCGAAGAUUACAACAGCUUUACAUUGAUAGUUCUGGAGUGGGCGGUGAAAUACCUCCUUCAUUUGCUAGUCUACAGAACCUGGUUACAGUAUGGGCUUCUGAUAAUGCAUUCACUGGGAGAAUACCUGACUUUAUAGGGAAUUGGACACAGUUAGAGUCAUUGAGGUUUGAGGGCAACUCUUUUGAAGGUUCAAUACCACCUUCAUUUUCUAGACUUACCUCUUUGCAGGACUUGAGGAUAAGUGGUUUAUCUAAUGGAACUAUGGACUUUAUAAGGGAUUUGAAGUCCCUUGGUGUUCUGGUUUUGAGGAAUAACAGACUUUCUGGCUCUAUUCCGACUGACAUUGGAGAACAUCAUAAUCUGACACGACUGGAUUUGAGUUUCAACAAUUUGAAUGGACAGAUUCCAAGAGGGUUGUUCAACUUGAGUCAACUCUCUUUCUUGUUUCUUGGAAACAAUAGCUUAAAUGGUGCCCUUCCCGAUGUAAAGAGCGCAAGUCUCAGAAAUAUUGAUGUGUCAUACAAUGAACUAUCUGGAACACUUCCUUCUUGGGUCAAUGAGACAAACCUACAACUUAACUUAGUUGUGAACAAUUUCACUUUAGGAGAUUUAGGAAACAGUGGUUUACCUUCAGGCUUAGAGUGUCUCCAAAGGAAUUUCCCUUGUGCUCGUGGGUCCCCAAGAUAUAGUGACUUUGGAAUAAAUUGUGGUGGUCCUCCAAUCACAUCAUCUAACCAGUUACUUCAUGAAGAAGAUACCGAAGCACUUGGAGCAGCAACAUAUUAUGUGACGUCUGAAAGAAGGUGGGGUGUCAGCAAUGUUGGUCAAAGGGACAACCCAAGAUAUAUGGUUUCCUCUUCAAGCCAGUUCACAAACACUUUAGAUUCAGAACUUUUCCAGACAGCACGACUCUCUGCUGGAUCCUUAAGAUAUUAUGGUUUAGGGCUGGAAAAUGGUAACUACACAGUGACUAUCCAGUUUGCAGAACUAGAGAUAGAAGAUGGGCACACUUGGAAAAGUACCGGAAGGCGUGUCUUUGACAUUUAUUUGCAGGGAAACCUAGUUUUUCAAGAUUUUGAUAUAAGAAAGGCAGCUGGGGGAGCAGCAUUUAGACCUGUUUCAAGGCAAGCAACGGUUCAGGUUACAGAUAACUACCUUGAGAUACAUUUAUUAUGGUCUGGAAAAGGGACUUGCUGUGUACCUCUUCAAGGGACUUUCGGACCUCUUAUCUCAGCAAUCAGUGCCACCCCAAAUUUCCGCCCGAGUGUGAGCAACACUCCACCUUCCACAAAGAAAAAUAGGAAGAGUAGGACCGGUUUAAUUAUUGGGAUUGUGGUUCCUCUUGCAGUUGUUAUCUUUCUGUCAUUAUUAGCCCUAUAUAUUUUUCGUCAGCGGAGGAAAAAGCUGGACGCAUAUUACAAUUUUGAAGAGUUUUUGGGAAUUGACGCCAAACCAGAUACCUUUGGUUAUGGAGAACUGAGAGAUGCAACGGAUGAUUUUAGUCCUGAAAAUAAGCUUGGUGAGGGAGGUUUUGGACCCGUUUACAAGGGAACACUGAAUGAUGGAAGAGUAAUAGCUGUUAAACAACUAUCUGUAGCCUCUCACCAGGGCAAGGGUCAGUUUGUUGCUGAAAUUUCAACAAUAUCCGCUGUCCAACACCGCAACCUUGUUAAGUUAUAUGGAUGCUGCAUUGAAGGAGACAAACGGCUUCUUGUUUACGAGUUUCUUGAGAACAAGAGUCUUGAUCAAGCAUUAUUCGGAGACAACAGGUUAUCUCUUAGUUGGGCCACGCGGUUUGAAAUAUGUCUUGGGAUAGCACGCGGUCUUGCAUAUCUUCAUGAGGAAUCUCGAAUGCGGGUCGUACACCGAGAUAUUAAAGCUAGCAAUAUUUUACUUGAUUCUGAACUCAACCCUAAGAUCUCAGAUUUUGGUUUGGCCAAACUUUAUGAUGACAAGAAAACACACAUGAGUACUCGUGUUGCAGGCACAAUAGGGUAUUUGGCACCAGAGUAUGCAAUGCGUGGACACCUUACAGAAAAAGCUGAUGUGUUUGGGUUUGGAGUUUUAGCUCUAGAGAUUAUUAGUGGGAGGCCUAAUUCUGAUUCCACUUUAGAAGAUGAGAAAAUAUAUCUUCUUGAGUGGGCAUGGAACCUACAUGAAACUAAUAGUGAAGUUGAAUUGGUUGAUGAAGAGUUGGCUGAAUUUGAUGAGAAUGAAGUAAAAAGAGUGACGAGGAUCGCCCUUUUAUGCACCCAAACCUCACCAAUGCAAAGACCAUCAAUGUCACGAGUGGUGGUAAUGCUUUCUGGAGAUAUAGAAGCAAGUGGUGUUAUUACUCGGCCCGGAUAUUUGAAUGGUUUUAAUUUUAAAGAUACUACAACCUUCAAAAGUGCUGCUUCAACUUUAGGUACAGAUUCUACGCCAAGUACACGUCAGUCCACUGUUUCAUCAAGUUCACCUGAAAAUCCUUCCAAACCGAUGCUUCAUAAUAUCAUCGGAGAAGGUAGAUGAUGAUGAUGAUGAUAUGAUUGGAAAAAAAAAACUAUAGGGACUUCUUGUGUCAUUGUAAUAAUAGAAUGGUAAUAAGUAAACAUUGCAUAGAGUAACUAGAAGUCGUUAACACAGUUAAAAAAUCGUUUGUAUGCCUACGUCGUGAGAGGGAUGGAUUGUAUGUAAUUUUGGGGGCAAUGUUUUCUUACUGAAGAAGUGACUUUUGUAUUUAA